CGUUUAAGAGCAAUUUUGGGUCUGACAUGCACUUACGUAAUGUUGCGUAAUGUCGUAACCGCGUACCCGGGCGUCACAAAUUCGGUCUCAAAAUUUGCGCGAGACUUAAAAGUAAAAAGUCAGAGAGCGGCGAGGUCAAAAAUUUUUGCGCCGCAGAUAUAUCGCGAAAAUUUUUGAGGGGGGGGCCAUUAUGGCCCCCCCCGGGAGAAUUAGGGUUAAGUCUAAGAUACUCCCACUAAUUUGAUGUUCAUAUAGACAUCUAAAACCAUGGUAGUGGAUCAUUUUGUAUUUUUAUACUGAACACUUAUCAUAAAUUCAAUCAUAGAUCUCUCACAUUGACAUGUUAAUGCUGCAUUAGGUAAAUGUUUAUCUUUAUUGUUUAUCUGUAAUCUUUGACAAGCAUCUAGACUCUUAACUUAAUUGAUAUUACUAUUCCUCCUGUCUUUAGUAAUAGAUUAAAUAAGUCAGUGGCAAUGCAUGAUUUGUGUGUCAUUUCAACAUAGACCUUAGAUAGAUUGUGACUGACAGAAGUCACUACCACAUUAAUUGCUAACUUUAAUAAAAUCAUAAUCCUAAAUAUUUUCAUUAAUUUUACAAAUUUGUUAUGCAGGAAAUCAAGUCUCUUGUGAAUCAUCUUGGAAUCCAAGCUGAUCUGACAAGUCGCAAAUAUGAAGACAAGAGCCCUUUUCUAGAGAUUGGUCUCCCAUCGUCAGACUGCAUGCAGAAGCUGAUGAACCGAAGCGUUUUAGCCAAGUCAGCAAUAGAAGUAUGGGCCCAGGGUUCUACGUAUAGCGAGGUUUGUGCAGGAUUAGAUGCCUUCUCUCAGGAGGAGAUGGAGAAAUACUGCAAGGAAGAUAUCUCAUUCUGUUUCAAGGUUCACACAUUUGGAAAGCAACUCACUAAUACUGAUAAACUAGAUGUUAUGAAGAGGUUGGAAGGGCAUCUGCCUUUGAAAGGACCAGUUAAGUUGAGAGACCCUGAUCAAGUCUUCUAUAUCUUUGAAGAUUACGGUGUCCAGCCAAACCAGGCCCCUGAUCAACCACAUCGCAUUUUUGUUGGACGAUGGAUAUCUGAUGGUCAGAAGCGGUUGGCCCAUCAUUACUCUGUAAAGACACGUCAUUUCAUUGGUAACACCAGUAUGGAUGCUCUACUCUCAUUACUCAUGGCUAAUCAAGCUGGUGUACAUGAUGGUGAUUUUAUAUUUGAUCCGUUUGUUGGAACAGGUAGUCUUCUUGUAGCAGCAGCUCACUUUGGUGGUUACGUAGCAGGUUGUGAUAUUAGUUAUAACAUCAUCCAUGGCAGAGGAAAGUCUAGUAGGGCUCAGUCCAAGACUAAAUAUAGAGGUAGAGAUGAGAACAUAAGUGCCAACUUGGAGCAGUAUGGCCUUGGCCAUCGCUAUGUAGAUGUACUUAUAUCAGACUUCUCAAAGAACAUAUGGAGGGAGCAGCCUCUGUUUGAUGCUAUCAUUACUGAUCCCCCCUAUGGUAUACGAGAGAAGACAAGGAAAGUAGGAGGAGAUAAAGAUCAAGGUGAACGUGAUGAUCAAUGCUCUUACCAUGUACCAGCAACACAAAGCUACUUUCUCUCAGACAUAUUCACAGAUCUUCUUAAUUUCUCAGCUCAUUAUCUCAGGCUGCAUGGAAGGCUUGUAUAUUGGUUGCCAAUUUACAGACCUGAAUACUCUGAAGAUCAGAUACCUCACCAUCCAUGUCUAGAGAUUAUUUCGAAUGAUGAACAAAUGCUCAACAGUACUCUGAGUAGAAGGCUUAUCACAAUGGAGAAAAUGCAUCAUGUCAGUGAUGCCUCUACUCCCAUGGCUACAAUAUCUGACAACAAGUACAGUGAACACAAUGCAAUACGAGACAAGUUCUUUAUUCAAAACAAUACCAAGAGACUGAAGAGUGAUGACAGUGUUAGCCCAGAGAGGGCAGCAGACACAGUAUCAAAAGAAAAGGUUGAGUGUGGAUCAUCACCAAGAUGACACCAUGAUACAUGAAGAACAAGAUAUUAGCCUGCAUAGGUGAGAUAAUGGACAAUGAAGACCCAGACUGGUAUAAUGAAGGCUUAUCGCCUCUUUCUUUAUCCAACUGAAAUUCCUGGAUCAAUCAAGGAGAAAUGUUGGAAGUCAACAGACUUUGGAUGCUGCCCACCAUGAAUGGUCUACAAAGGCAUUGAUAUUAUGCAUUGUGCAUAACACAUUGGAACAGCAUCUCUAAUUGCCUUACAGAUAUGUUGUCAUCCUGGCCAUUGGAUUCUUGCUUGCUUGCAUACAGUGUAUACUAAUGCGUAUAUGGGGACUACCCAAACAAUUAGUAGUCAAAAUACAUGACACAACAGCAUGCCAUACUACAUGGAAGCAAGUAUGUUGUUUUUAGCUUGAACCUGAAGCAGGCCAAGGUAAAGUCAUUUUAGGUCCUUGUUACACUACUGAUACAGCCAAUUGUCAGUGGCAAAUCAUGCAUAUGGAGUUUAACAACCAGUCAUUGGUAUAAAGUGAUCUCUGGAAUCAUAAUCUCUAAUAUGUUCAAGCAACUUUUAGUGAGCAUUUUCUGUUGAAUUGUGAUACAGCAGUUUUCAGCAGCUUCUUUUUGCCAUUGAAUUGUGAUACAAAACAAUACUUAAUUAUAACCCUUGGUUGGACCAAGGGUUAUAAUUGGUUUUCCAAGCCAAAUAUUCCCAAACUUUGUUGGUUAUGUUUCUUAUGUUUACUAUGUUCUUUCCCUAUUCCCAUACAGUUAUGAAGACGUGAUAUUCAAUGUGACCUUUUACUGUUUGUGUCACAAGUGGCUAUCCAUAGACCAGAUUUUAGAUGAAACCCUAGGUCAGGGGCAGAUCCAGGAUUUUCCAAAAGGGGUGGCACAUUUUCCCUAGGAAAAAUUUGACAAAGAAAAAGAAAAAAAAGGUCUUCACUAUCAAGGGGGGGGGGGGGGCACACUGUUUUAACAGCCUUUUUGCAUUACAUAUUUUAAUUGUGCCUCUCAAAGGGGGGGGGGGGCAUUGGCCGGCUGUGCCCCCCCCCCCCCUGGAUCCGCCAGUGCCCUAGGUCACAAUAUGGGUCAAUAUAUACAAACCACGGUUCGCAUGUAUGGUACAUGUACUUAUGAUUGUUGAGUGCAAUCUUAAUGCGACAGUAAUGGACACAAAGAAUCAUAUCCCUGGUGUUUUGAGAGUAGGCCAUUCAUUCAGGCAGUAAUGAUGAAUACGCAUGGGUCCAUUUUAGAAAUUUAAUUACAGAAUUGAAAUGUCUGCAUUUCUUCUAAAAUGAUAAAACUUGUAAUAUUGUAAUAAUAUUUCCACUGAAGGGGCCCCUGCCCAAACAUGUCCCUUUUCUUACAUUAUGGACAGAGGUCAUGUUUAUACGAGAGAUGCCCAAGAAGUGUAAUGCAAAGAAUUUAGUAGGACAUGUGAAAAUUGAGGUAAUUAAAAAAAUACUGAACUAUUUUUUGUCAUCACAUGGUCUUCAUAAUUCAUUGACAAGGUGCUUAAUUACUGUUUAAUAUUUUCAGCCAAUUUUGAAUAGUUUGAAAAUGAAAUAAGUAUGGAUUAUAACAAUAGCUGUAGUAAUUGAUUGUCAUCAUGGAUCUCUAUUUUAGAUAGCAUUGUUGAAGAAUGUGGAUCACCUCUAAUUAGAGAAAUAAAACAUUAAUAAAUAGAUAAUCAGUAUGAAUGGAAGUAAAAACUCUCACUCUUUUAUAAAAAAAAGAUAAUGUCUAUAGCCACUUAUUUUAGUUUAAUUUUUUUUUAAAUUGAAUUCAAUAGUACCCAGUGUAGUACACCUUUAUUCUAGAUAGUAUAUGGUGUAUCUAAUGAGACUAAUUCUGAUGCAAUUGCUUAGCAACACAGGCUGUUUUUAAAUAUCAUGUAAUUGUAAUUUGAACAAAUAUAGAGUAUGAUUGUUGUGUAAAGAACAA